AGGACAGAGCACCGUAACGGAGAUCAGGUUCUGAUGGACCAGGAGUCAGCUGUUUGGAAGGGCAGCAGACUGGGACUCUCAAUGGGAUGGGGGGCAGGAAUGGACUGAGAAGUAGGAGACUGGAGUUAAAGGACAAGGGGUUGGAAUGGAGUGGACGUUUCAGGAGGUUGGAGGCGCGGAAAUGGGACAAACAAGGAUAUGACUAAACAUGGACCAGUCUUGUGCUGCAAAGGACGCUCUGUGGCGAUGUUUUGAAUAAAUGCAGGCCAGUUUUUCUUUUGCAACGCACAUUUACCACGGGCUGCUGCUGCUGCAGACGUUUGGCACAGGACACAGUAACCUGCAGUCCAGUCCGCUCCCUCACUCUGUGCGCUAGAUCCGGACAAGUAACACCGGCCGGCAGAUCCCCGUGGCCACGGGCUCCGGUCUCAUCCACGCCGGGAUUGCAGCUGCUCGGCUCCUCUAGUAUCUUGGCUCUGCGGGCUGUUGGUGUUUUUCUCAUUGGCCGCCUGGGGAAGGCGGUCCCGGACGCGCUUCGCUUUGCUUUGCUCUGCUCUCUGGAGCGGGGACGCGCAGCGGACGCGGACAUGGCGGCGUGGAGCCGAGCCCUGGGCCUCAUCCACAGCGCCGGGCGCCAGUUGUUGGCAUUGAUUCCCGGAGGAAACACGGGACCGGUUCGGAAUUACUAUGUGGAUUGGCGAAUGCUGAGGGAUGUGAAAAGGAGGAAGAUGGCUUUUGACUUUGCAGAUGAGAGGCGGCGACUCAAUGCAAUUCGGAAAAACACUAUCUUACCAAAGGAACUGCAGGAGGUUGCCGACCAGGAGAUUGCAGCUCUGCCAAGGGACAGCUGUCCCGUCCGGAUCCAUAAUCGCUGCGUCCUCACCUCGCGUCCGCGAGGGGUCAAGCGCAGAUGGCGCCUCAGCCGGAUCAUGUUCCGUCACCUCGCUGACCACAACCAGAUGUCCGGGAUCCAGCGCGCCAUGUGGUAGGUGCCACUGGUUUGGCAGGGUUUGGCUCGAGCAGCCUGCCCGUGGGACCUCAGCAAUGGGCACCUGAUCACUGGAGCCACCGUAACUGCACUGACUGUUUCUGGAGCCGGAGAGUGGGCUGCAAGCUGAAUUACUGCCAUAACAUGCAGCAGCAAGUGCAUCUCAAGAAUACUUCACAGGCUCUACAGUGUUUGGGGUUUCAUAUUGUUAUAAAAUAUGUUGUUUUAAAAAAUGCCUUUCUUGAUGGAAUAUGAGCAAUGCCUUUCUUACUCCAAACCUUCUCCCUUGAAGUGAAAAGGACAAGAACAGGGGCAGUGCUUCGAAGACUGAUCGUAAAUAGCCUCUUCCUUCCCUGAAACACCAGUGUAGUAAACUUUUUCACUGAGGGGGGAAAACAAUGAUGUUCUAAUGUUUCUCUUUUACCUCUGCCCAACUUAUGAAAAACACGGUGUGAGUUUUAUUUGGUUUUAAUUUGUCCGGUUUUGAAGUGUUCCUGCUCUGUACACCAGACUCUGGAGUAAUUCCUUGUCAGAAUCUCAUGUUUUUUUAUGCAUCAGUACUUGGAAAAAGGUGUAUGCAACUGGGUUUAAGACCCCACAUUAUUUAAAUGAUUAAAAGAUGACUAAACUCUAA